UUCGCGCUCUUGGCCGCAGUGGGCGGAUCUUGGUCCGUGCGCACGCUCUCCAUCCUCGCUCCUCCUGGUUUCCGUGCGCCUCGUUCCGCGAUGCUGGCGCUGCGCUGCGGCCCCCGACUGCUGACCCUGGGCCUGGCCACGCAGCGGACCUCCGCGGCCCCGACGCUCGCCCGGCUCCGCGGCGCCCGCAGCAGCGCCAGCAGCUCCGACUCGGGGGCAGGCGGCGCCGCCAAGAACCCGCUCGUCUACCUGGACGUGGGGGCCGAGGAGCAGCCGCUCGGCCGGGUGGUGCUGGAGCUCAAAGCAGAUGUGGUGCCGAAGACUGCAGAGAAUUUCAGAGCCCUGUGCACUGGUGAAAAGGGCUUCGGGUACAAGGGAUCAACCUUCCACAGAGUUAUUCCUUCAUUCAUGUGUCAGGCUGGUGACUUCACCAAUCACAACGGUACAGGGGGGAAAUCCAUCUACGGGAGCCGAUUUCCAGAUGAAAACUUCGUCCUGAAGCACGUUGGGCCUGGUGUCCUGUCCAUGGCCAAUGCAGGUCCCAACACCAACGGAUCCCAGUUCUUCAUUUGCACAGCAAAGACAGACUGGCUGGACGGAAAGCAUGUCGUGUUUGGCCAUGUCAAGGAAGGUAUGGACGUGGUGAAGAAGAUAGAAUCCUAUGGUUCCAAGAGCGGGAAGACAUCUAAGAAGAUCAUUAUCACAGACUGUGGCCAGCUGAGCUAACCCCAGCCGUGGAGGCUUUUUGGUUACUCAAGCAUGUUUGUUUUCUUCCCCCACUCUUUCUGCUCUCCCCCUACAAAAGACUUCUCUGAAUCUGUAGGGGAUUCCUAGUUGAAUGUAUUGUGUCUAGGGAUAACUGAAUUUGUGGAAGCAUCUGAUUUUUUUUCUUACAUCACUGUUUUGUUCCUGUCUGUGCAAAGAUCUGUUUUGAGCAUCUGUCUCUUGGUCUCUUUCCCAUCCAACCCAACAGGGCUUCCCCUUAGAACCUGAGCCCAACAUGCUGCUCACUUCCUCCUAGGAGCCUUCAGGGCCUCUCUCUUACUUCUGGCCUGGCAGGGUUGAGUACAUCCAACCUUGUUUUAGUAUGGCUAGUCACUGUUAGGGAAGUAGGAUGGGCCACGUGGAGUCUUUGGGUGCCUGUCUGUCAUAACCGGUACAAAGAGAGGGUGUUGCCUCACCCAAGGAGCUGAUGAGUCAGAAUUCACUAGUAUUAUUGGCAAAAGAUGGUAAUCAUUUUUUCCCCUCAAAAUCGGAAGAUCUAAUUAAUUUAUUGCACUAAAUAGAAAUGAAUGCCUUCUCUUUUCAAGAGGGGAAAGGGUGGUGUGGUCUGAAGAGCGCUGAUCUGGGAAUCUGUGAAAGCUGG